GAGGCCCUCCCCUCGCUGUUUUCAGCUGUCAUACUGUAACAUAUUUAUGUUUGUCAUAGGCGAGCGGUUAGGCGCUGCACUGGCGCUGCGAUGCGUCUCCGAUCUCCCCGCAAUCACGUCCGGAUCGGAUUAGAGCCAUGGAUGUGACAGGCGAGCCGCACGGCACCGAACUCGUGGCCCGGGAGCGGAGCGGCCACACGGCUCUGCUGGAAGGAGGCUUUCUGUAUGUGUGGGGGGGUUACGUGGCAGUUGGUGAUGAUGAAGUUUUCCUCCCCAGUGAUGAGAUCUGGCUGUAUGACACGCAGAGUGCUUUAUGGCAGACACACAGGAUGGAGGGGGAGAUUCCGCCGCCCAUGUCAGGCACCUGUGGCAGCUCUCUCAAUGGUCACAUGUACAUUUUUGGAGGCUGUGAUGACCAUGGCCACACCAAUCAGAUUUACUACGUCAAUCUUCUGGAUGGAAAAUACACGUGGAGGAAAGUAACGAACAGCAAAGGGCUAUCUCCCACACCACGGGAUAAGCUGUCCUGCUGGGUGCAUGAUGACAGGCUCAUCUACUUCGGUGGAUAUGGCCACAAGCGACUGGGAGAGAUCAAUGAUUCCAAGAGCUUCAUUGUGGAUGAGGCAUCCUGGGUAGAGGAAGUGUUCUGGGGUUGGAAUAACGAAGUCCAUGUUUUUGACUCGAGGACAAACACUUGGAGCGAACCUCCCACUCAGGGUAUUCUACCUGCUCCGAGGGCUGCCCAUGCGAGUGCCACCCUGGGCAACAAAGGCUACAUAUGCGGGGGCAGAGUGGUGGAGACCAGGAGAUGCGACAUCCACUGCCUGGAUCUUGAGUCUUGGACAUGGACAGAAGUUAUACCUACGUCUACAAUUCCCAUCGGACGUUCAUGGCACACUCUGACCGCCGUGUCCGACAGCACCUUGUUCCUCUUCGGUGGGCUAAGCGUGAACUGUGAGCCACUCAGUGAUGGAUGGACCUUCAACAUCCAGACCAAGGAGUGGAAGGAGCUGGAACACAAGCACAAGAACAAACCAAGGUUGUGGCACACAGCAUGUCUGGGGAAGGACUCUGACGUCAUUGUGUUUGGAGGGAGUCAGGACUACAUCCUGUUAGUGGACAAAGGCCACUGCAAUGAUGCACUUGUUUUCCAAACACAGCCAUACUCCCUGCAGAGACUUUGUGAAGACUGCAUUGGCAGGAAUGCGAGGAUGCUACAGACCCAGCUGUCACUGUUACCUUCAAAGCUAAUGCAGAUCAUCCAGAAGAGGAUUUCCUUUUUCAGAAUUGCUAAAAGAAAGUCAGGAAAACGUACAGGCUAGGUAAUGGUUACACAACAGUGGAUGUCUAUAAGGAUUCAUAUGCUGGUGUUUUAUAUACUUUACUAAAAUGCUCCUUAUUGACUUUAUCAUAAUUUAAGUAACUUGCAAAGUUUAAUGAACAAGUUAUGUAUAAAAUGUAUGCAAUGUAAUAUUGCAUAUUUUUCAUUUUUUAAAUUACACUGCCAAUGUUUAGAUUUGCAACUUGUAUAAAUUAUACUUUGUAUGCUUAUACAUUGUUAAACGUGUUUUCAACAAAUAAAGAUGCCUCUCAACAAAGCUA